AUGACGUUCGUUCACCUGAGAAAUGACGAUGACGACGCAAACAGCAGAAAACUUAUUUCUUUCUUACUUUUUCUUUUUGGCUUCGGUAAUAUCCUUCAUUUUUUUUUUCUUUUUGGCUUCGGUAAUAUCCUUCAUUUUUUUUUUCUUUUUGGCUUCGGUAAUAUCCUUCAUUUUUUUUUUCUUUUUGGCUUCGGUAGUAUCCUUCUUUUUUUCCGUCUUUCUUUCUUUUCUUUUUAUUAUAAUUGUUCUUCCUUUUUAUUUUUUCUUUAUUGUUCAUUCUCUUUUAUGUUCUUUCUUUCUUUAUCUUUCAUAUUCUUUUUUUCUUUUAUUCUUUCUUUUAUUGAUCUUUAUGUAUCUGUAUUAUUUCUUUCUUUUUCUCUUUCUUUAUUUUCUUUUUUCCUUUUUACAUUUUCUUUUUUUCUUUUUUUUCAUUCAUCUUUCGUUUUAUUCUCCUUCCUUCUUGUUUCUCCUGUUUCCUUCAAACGCUAUCUUUCAUUUUCUUUUUCCUUUAAGUUCUUCCAUCUAUUUUUCCCCUCAGACUUUACCUUUCAUCUUUUUCAUGUUCAAAUACUUUCUUUCACCUUUACAAAUUCUUUCUUUAAUCUUUCUUUAUUCCUUCAAAUUCUUUCAUUUUUUUUCUUCCGUUUAUUUUUUCAGUUUACUUCUUUUUCAUCUUUCUUUCUUUCUUUCUUUCUUUCUCCACAAACAUUGACGCUUCUUUUUCUAGUCAUUAUCUAUCUAUCUAUCUAUCUAUCUAUAUAUCUAUCUAUCUAUCUCAUGUCCAUUAUCUAUCUAUAUAUAUAUAUAUAUCAGUCUAGUCAUUAUCUAUCUAUCUAUCUAUCUAUCUAUCUAUCUAUCUCAUGUCCAUUAUUUAUCUAUGUACCUAGUUAG